AUGCCUGCUCAAUUUCUUGUACGUUCUGUCCUUACGGAUGAAGACACUCGCACUAAUCGACUUUACCUUAACCCGCAUGAUGCCCAAAGGCACGUUAAUGAUAAGAGUAUGGUUAUUGUGAAGGGUUUCCCUUUCACUGUUUCACCUAAUCCAGGCAUUGAGGAAGGACAAAUUGCAAUGAACAGUAUUCAACGUCGAUUACUGGAACUCUCCACAACGGCAGGGAAUACAGUACAAUUAGAAUUACCUCCUCAACAUAUCCCAGUUAUCACAACAAUGAGUGUAAAUAUAGAAUAUAUUAAUCCCAAAACAAAGGGAGGGACACUUGAUUAUAUGGAGUUUACCACUUAUUUUCUCACACAAUUUAAUGGUCAAUGUUUCCGAGAAACACAAAUGUUAGCCGUUGUUUUGGAUAGUGGUAUGCGACUUAUUGCCACUGUAACGAAGAUGAAGUGUGAUGGUGCGGGCACUAUUGGUUCUCUCAAUCUCACAACAAGUCUUAUCGUUAUUGCGAAUGAACGGAGUGAAAUUUCUCUUGUAAAUGUGCCUGAUCAUCAAUUAGAUGCUCAACAACCACAGUUAAUGCAAAACUUUAAUCUUGAAACACUUGGUAUUGGUGGUUUACGAAAUGAAUUCGCCCAAGUGUUUCGUCGUGCCUUUGCCAGUCGUCUCUUUCCAGCCUCUUAUGUAAAGAAGUUGGGUGUUAAACAUGUAAAAGGUGUAUUAUUGUAUGGACCACCAGGGACAGGUAAAACCCUAAUUGCGCGUAAAAUUGGUGAAAUUCUAAACUGUCAUCCACCAAAGAUUGUUAAUGGUCCAGAAGUGUUUAAUAAGUUUGUGGGAGGAACAGAGGAAAAUGUGCGAAAACUAUUUGUGGAUGCGGAAGCUGAAGCGGCUGCCAAAGGAGAUCAAUCUAAACUGCAUCUCAUUAUAUUUGAUGAGUUUGACGCUAUAUGUAAACAACGAGGUGCGGUACGAGAUUCUACAGGUGUAAAUGAUAAUGUUGUGAAUCAACUUCUUUCAAAGAUUGAUGGUGUUAAUUCUUUAAAUAAUGUUCUUCUUAUUGGAAUGACAAAUCGACGUGAUCUCAUUGAUGAAGCCAUUCUCCGUCCAGGUCGUUUUGAAGUACAUGUGGAGAUUGGACUUCCAGAUGAAGAAGGCCGUAGAGAAAUUUUUCAUAUUCACACACGUGGUAUGAGUGAUAAUGGAGUACUUGGGAAAGAUGUAGAUCUUGCAGAAUUGGCAGCACUCACAAAGAACUAUUCAGGUGCAGAGAUUGAGGGAGUUGUGCGUUCAGCCACCUCUAAUGCAUUUAAUAAACAUAUUGAUUUUGAUAAUCCAACAGAACUUAUUGAUGCCAGUGAUGUUUCUGUCACUCGUCAAGACUUUAUGGAUGCCAUUGAGGAAGUUAAACCCGCCUUUGGACAAGCAAAGGAGGAAUGCAGUAAUCUCAAACGUGGUGGUAUUAUUCACUAUGGUGAACCAUGGAAAAUAGUGGAAGAACGCUGUUCUCGCUAUGUAGAACAGUUAAAUACAGAUGGAAAACGUGUAAAUGCACUUGCUGUUCUUAUUGAAGGAUUACCCGGUUGUGGUAAAUCUGCAGUAGCGGCAUAUUUAGCAGAAAAAGCUGGUUUCCCAUAUAUAAAGGUUAUUUCUACAGAUGAUAUGGUUGGUUAUGGUGAAAUGCAAAAAGUAAAUAUUAUACGUAAGGCCUUUGAGGAUGCUUAUAAAUCCCCUGCAAGUGCCAUUAUUUUGGAUGAUCUUGAACGUAUUAUUGAAUUCUCUCAUCUUGGUGGACGAUAUAGUAAUGCCAUUCUUCAAGCCUUAUUAGUAUUAAUUAAACGACCAACAUUGGAAAAUAGAAAAUUACUUGUGAUUGGUACAACGGCACAGUAUGAUGUUUUGGAUAGUCUUGAAUUGGUUUCUUGUUUCUCUGUGAAAUUACAAAUACCAACCGUACCUCCACACGCACUGCGGCAAAUCACAAGAGAGUUGGGAAUUCCAUUUGCGAGUGAGGAGGCUGCGCAGGAAUGUGAGAAUAUUUUACCAGCAACCGUACCUAUUAAACAACUCUUACUUGUACUGGAGAUGGCAGCAGAAAGGGGUUUACAUGGAAAGCCUGUUAUCACCUCAGAGUCCUUUGCACAAGCACUGGAGUCUGUUGGGGCGCAUGGAAACUGA